UUCCCGUCGAGGGGGGAGCGCAGGCGCUGCGGCUGCGGCGGGGUGGAUCCCUCGUGCUUUUGAAGAUGGGGGAUGACAGGCCGUUUGUGUGCGGUGCCCCAGGCUGUGGGCAGAGAUUUACCAAUGAGGACCACUUGGCUGUCCACAGGCACAAGCACGAGAUGACCCUGAAGUUUGGACCAGCUCGAGAUGGGGUCAUUGUUGCCGAUCAGACUCCAACCCCAACACGCUUCCUGAAAAACUGUGAGGAGGUUGGACUGUUCAACGAGCUAGCGAACCCGUUCGAGCAGGAGUUCAAAAAGGCCGACGAAGAAGAGGGUAAAAAGCCCCCCAUCUCUCUUCCUCUCUCCCAUCUCUCUCUCUCUCUUUCUCUGCCCCCAUCUCCCUCUCCCGUACCCCCUUUCCCUCCCGUAUCUUUUCUCCGCUCCCAGGACUCCCCCUCACAGCCGACCCCGAGCUCUGGAGGUGGUAGGCGGAGACGCGUUGCUGAGGAGGACCCGGACGAGAGGCGGCGAAGGUUCUUGGAGAGGAACCGGGCGGCGGCUUCCCGGUGUCGACAGAAGCGGAAGGUCUGGGUUACCUCGCUGGAGAAGAAGGCCGAGGAGCUCAGCCACAUGAACGUCCAGCUGCAGAAUGAAGUCCGGUUGCUGAGGAGUGAGGUUGCACAGCUCAAACAGCUCCUGCUGGCCCACAAGGAUUGCCCAAUAACAGCCAUUCAGAAGAGGACGCAGGAGUAUAUCGCAGACGACAGCCCCCAGGAGAUGAGUGAACCCACAGGCUCGCCGGCCGCUGUCAUCCAGCGAGGCACCGCCCUCGGCGGCGGUGGCGGCAGCGCCGGCGGCGGCAGCGGCAGCAGCGGCAGCGCCAGGGCCGCAGCGGAAGCGGUGGCCACCUCAGUCCUGGCGCAGCUGGCCAGCCAGCGGUCUGAGCUGAGCGCCGGCUCGGUCCACCCCCACCCGCAGGUCAUCAUGGCCCCACAGUCGCAGGCAGCGGCGGACAGAUGAUGGCGAGAGACG